UGGUGAGUAGGACCUAUCCGUAGUUAAAAAAUCAGCGGAGGCAUCCACAGUUUCUGACCAGAGCCGGACGGGGAUCCUUGGAGGGGGUGAGAGGCUCUCCAGGGGAGGACAGUCUGGGAACUGACAGGGCGUGUGGAGCCCCGAGUCUCAGGCUUGUGUAUGCGUGAGCAGCAGAGAUUUGUGUGCCUAUGAGAAGCGUGUGUGAUUCUGUGUAUGUGUGUGACACCGGGACAGCGUGUCUCCAUGGCGGCGUCUGCGCUUGUAGGUCAGAUACUUGAUUGUGCUUAUUUAACUUCGUGGCUUAUGGGUGAGCGGCUGUGUGGCCGUGUGGGUUGUCAUUGGAACUCCUGGCUCUAGGCUCCGCGGAUCCUCCACUCCGUCCCCUCACAGCCCCUUGGGGCCUGUCGCGGAUAAAAGAGAGAAGUCAGAUGCUGAGCCUUAGAAUGGAAGAACGGAGAAGCAUAGCAAGAUGACACAGACUUGAUCUUGAGAUAUGUUGAAGCUGCUGUCGGCCCCAAGGCAGGCUUCUGGGAAGACCUGAUGAGGUCCCAGGAGUAGGAUUCCCUCCUGGAAGGUUCCCCCUUGGAAGCUCCUAAAGUGCUGCCUGUGUCUUAAAAAAAAAUAUUGGAUACAGAGAGAAAAAAAGAAUUUUUGUUACACAUCUAAAAGUUAAAGUUCAGCUCUAGCUUCUCUGCAAUUAGAUUCUCUAAUAGAGGAAACCUGAGGAAGAUCAGCAGUUUGAAAACCAUGGUGCAGGUGCCAUUGACAUUCAGUGAUGUUGCCAUAGACUUCUCUCAGGAGGAGUGGGAAUGCCUAAAUUCUGAUCAGAGGGAUUUGUACAGAGAUGUGAUGUUGGAGAAUUAUACUAACUUGGUCUCACUGGACUUUGAUUUUACAACUGAGACCAACAAGUUAUCUUCAGAAAAAAGCAGUUAUCAAGUAAAUUCAUAUCAUCGGGAGACAAUGAAAAGAAGUAAAACCUUCAACCUUAUGAGGUUUACUUUGAGAAAUGACCCACAGUGCAGAAUUGAAUUUGGGAGAGAACAGGGGCCUAACAUGGAAGGUUUUAGUCAAAUGACAUUUAUAAAACAUAUAUCUCUUCCUCUACACCAGAGAAUUCACACUAAAGAGAAAUCCUAUGAAUGUAAGGAAUGUAGGAGGGACUUUAGAAAAUAUUCACACCUUACUGAACAUUUCAGAGACCAUAAUGGUGUGAGACCCUAUGAAUGUAAGGAAUGUGGAAAAGCCUUUAUAGUUCUCCAGCAUUUUGUUAGACAUAAAAAAAUUCACACUGAUUUGAAACCUUAUGAAUGUAAUGGAUGUGAGAAAGCCUUUAGGUUUUAUUCACAGCUUAUUCAACAUCAGAUCAUUCAUACUAGUGUAAAACCCUAUGAAUGUAAGCAAUGUGGGAAGUCUUUUAGACGUUAUUCUCACCUUACUGAACAUCAAAAAAUACAUACUGGUGUGAAACCCUACGAAUGUAAGGAAUGUGGAGAAACUUUUAGAUUGUACCGACAUAUGUGCCUACAUCAGAAAAUUCAUCAUGGUGUGAAACCCUAUAUAUGCAAGGAAUGUGGGAAGGCCUUUGGUCAUCGUUCAAGUCUUUAUCAACAUAAGAAAAUCCAUUCUGGUGAGAAACCAUAUAAAUGUAAACAAUGUGGAAAGGCCUUUGUUCGCAGCUAUCUACUUAUUGAACAUCAGAGAAGUCAUACUGGUGAGAAGCCUCAUGAAUGUAAGGAAUGUGGGAAGGCCUUUAGUAGGGGCUCAAGCCUUCUUAAACAUAAGAGAAUUCAUAGCAGUGAGAAACUCUAUGACUGUAAGGACUGCGGGAAGGCCUUCUGUAGAGGCUCUCAACUUACACAACAUCAAAGAAUUCAUACUGGUGAGAAGCCACAUGAAUGCAAAGAAUGUGGGAAGACAUUUAAGCUUCAUUCAUACCUUAUUCAACAUCAGAUCAUUCAUACUGAUUUAAAACCAUAUGAAUGUAAACAAUGUGGGAAAGCCUUCAGUCGUAUUGGAGACCUUAAAACACAUCAGUCAAUUCAUGCAGGGGAGAAACCCUUUGAAUGUAAGGAAUGUGGAAAAACCUUUAGACUUAAUUCUCAACUGAUUUAUCAUCAGACAAUUCAUACAGGUUUGAAACCUUAUAUAUGUAAGGAAUGUAAGAAGGCUUUUCGUUCUAUCUCAGGUCUUUCUCAACAUAAGAGAAUUCAUAUUGGUGAAAAACCCUAUGAAUGUAAAGAAUGUGGUAAGGCCUUUAAUCGCAGUGAUCGACUUACUCAACAUCAGAGAAUUCAUACUGGUGUGAAACCACACAAAUGUAAGGAAUGUGGAAAGACCUUUACUCGUUACUAUCAACUUACUCAACAUCAAAGAUUUCAUAGUGGUGAGAAACUCCUGAUGUAAUGAGAGUCAGAAAGCAUUUAACUUUGGCACCUUUACCGUUACCACUAUUAUAUCACCUAGUGAUGUUAUGGUAAAGAUUAAAUUACUUAACAUAAAAUUUAAAUGCUUAGGGGUCAUCUGGCACAUGGUAUUUGCUUACUAAGUAUUGUGGCUUUUUAAAUGAUAAUCACUAUUAUUACUAUACAUAAAUUCAUGUGGAAGAAAGACCUUAUAAGCAUAUUUUUUAAAUGUAUCAGGGCUCAUCCAUAUUUUCUUCAGAUAAUUAAUUCUGGACAAAAAUCCCAUUUUUUUUCAAAGAUCAAGGCCCUGAGGAUGAAUAAUAAUAAGAAACCCUGUGCCUUUAGAAUAUUGAGAGUUCAUCUGUUGAAAAAUUGGAGUAGUUUGAAGAAACUUUCUUACAGUAAAUUCUGCAAUACAGAUAAUAUACAUUCCACAUGCCCUACAAUUGAAAUAAAUUAAAAACUAACAAUCUGGUAGCUAAAGACUAGGUUGAGUUUUUUGAGUGAGUUUUUGAAAGUUUUCAAAUUUACAUAAAAAGUACAACAGUGUUAGUUACAAUGAAGUUUGUUUGCCCUCCACCUAGAUUCAGCAUAUCUGGUAUUUCUCUCUCGUAAAUAUGAAUAUGUAUAUAUACAGAU